AUGCGCCAGAUUCAUGGAGUAGACAAACCCACCAAUACUAAACAUGCCUGCGCCCACUGCCGGCGGGCGAAGUCCCAAUGCCAGGGCGGAGUUCCAUGCAAUGAGUGCCUACGUCGAGGGAUUCAAUGUUCUCUGAGCCGAUGGGUGGAGACUCCCUGUCACCCGGCGGGUGUCGCAGAUAUUCCAGCUUCGAAUGUGGGCCCCCCAAAGCCGUCACGCCGCUUUCUUAACCUGUACUCUGAGAAGUUCCACCCAUACUGGCUCUUUAUACAUCAGGGCUCGUUUGACGAGAAGGUAGAGUCGCCCUUACUUGUUCAAGCCAUGGUUGCUAUUGGGCUGUGGAUGAGCGACCAGCCAGCUACACGGUCAGCAGCGAUUGACCUUCACAAUACCUUGGCUCUAGCCAUCAGUCAGCAAAGAGAAGCAUGGGAUGUUUCUGUCACAGAGGAUUUGCCUAGUGCCAAGUGGCAGAUCCCGACAUACCAAGGCAUCUUAUUGCAUAUAAUCUUCGCUCUCAUGCGAUCAGGCGCUGAGAAUCUUGGUGUUGACCAGAAGCCCUCUCUCGCCCAGGCCCAUACAGGACUACUUGACUCGCUUCUUAGGAGCUGCAAAAGAUUAGGCAUGUUUUAUUAUCCAAGUAUACUUGCGCUGUAUUCUCAGAGCGAUGCUAGUCCAUACAUCUGGCUGGGCAUUGAAGAAACCAAGUGGUUCGACUUGGCCCUAUACAAAGUCUACCAAUCCACUAGUAGGAUUGGAAAGCGAGCCAACAACACCCACAUUGAUUCAAAACUGACUGCCCGGGAUUUGCAGUUUCCUCCCCCGACAAAUAUACGCUUGUGGAAGGCAGUGAGUAAGACCGACUGGGACACUGCCGCACACAGUGGCGUCUUCAACCACCUGUUAGAUAAUACCAUGAGCGAAGUGUGGAUUUCAAAAGUUAAUGAAGCCUGUGACUUUGGUUUGGAACUGUAUCAUACUCUUCAGGGCUAG